GUGUAUGUUUUGACACCGGUGCAGUGAGUGGCCUAUUGAGCCCAUUCUCUAAAUAGGAGUAUCUCCCAGGCGGACAGUUGCGGCAGCCUUCUGGCUCGGAAUUUUUUUUUUUCAUUUUCUGGAUUUUUACAUCACAGAUAAAUUCCGGGAUGCCUUCAAGUAAAAAUCUCCAAGGUGGAAAAGCCUUCGGGCUGUUAAAAGACCAGCAAAGGCAAAAACUGGAAGAAAUAAACCAGGAGUACCUGGAAGACCAGAAAUACAGUGAUGAAGAAGACCUGGCUGAAAAGUUGGAAGGUUUCAAAAAUAAAUAUGCUGAGUUUGACCUGAACGACCAAGGAGAGAUUGAUCUGAUGGGUCUCAAGCGGAUGAUGGAGAAACUGGGAGUGCCCAAGACCCACUUGGAGUUGAAAAAAAUGAUCGUGGAGGUGACAGGCGGCAGCAGCAACACCAUUAACUACAGGGACUUUGUCAAGAUGAUGCUUGGCAAGCGCUCAGCUGUGCUCAAAUUAGUUUUGGUUUUUGAAGACAAAGCCAAUGGCUCUCCCUGCAAGCCGGCCGGACCCCCUCCAAAGCGGGACAUCGCUAGCCUUCCUUAAGUGUCAGGCCUCCAUGCUGCUAAAGGAGCUGAGGGACCAUCAAUAGCUAUGUGGAAUAAUGUGGAGUGUCGUGUUCAUGUGGGACCAGUGAUCAAGAACGUCAUUUUGUGAAUAUAUGAUGUGUGUGAGUUUUCUGUUUGAAAGACUGAGCCCAAAACUCACUAAAAUUGUUUGACUGUGAAUAUUUUAUUCCUCUUUUUUUCCCCUCCUUUAAUUAAAAUGUAGCAGUGAUAAUAGUAACUUGUAAUCAGCUUGAUAAAUUACAUUUUGUAGUGUGUUUCAUGGUUGCAUUUUAAGGGAAGACUUAAAAUUCUCCAGAGGUCUCUUUUGCUUCCACGGUCCGUUUCUUUUUUUUCUUUUUGACACAUUGAUUUUAAUGAUUUAGAGCACUAUGCUUUUGGAAAAGCACAAGGAAAAUGAACAGUUUAUUCCAACACAUUUUUGCACUCUUCUUAGCACUCUUUCAUGCAUUCCUGCCAGGCUUAUCUUGGUCAACAUCUUCGCUUCAGAUCAGAUGCCAGAGAUUUCAAGCCCUACCCACUUCCUCUGGGUCUAAAGCCCCUUUUGAGUCAAAGUACUGAUCUGGAAUGAGUAACCAAGUUAUCAUUCCUACUUUAUGAUAUAUUAAAAAAAAAAACACACUGGUGUACAUGUGUGUACUUGCUGUACUUUGUGAGUCACAAUGUUAGUAAAAGGAUAAGGCAUGUUGUUGACUUUCAGUGUCCUUGUGUGGCUUGAAAAGCAGUAAAUAUGACUCUAUUUAGAACCGCUAGUCUAAGUUUGACAUACAGGCACGCAAGCAGAACAGAUGUACAUAUUAUACUACACAUCGUACAAUCAUAUUAUUUCCAAGUGCCUCAAAAUGCAGAUACUGUAGAGCUUACACAGUUUGGAGGAGGGAGUGCACACUAGUGUUCAGUUCAAGCAGUCCUUUUAGUGUAUGAAUUCAAGAAAACCGUGAGAUGCUAUCAUUUAGUGUUUGGUGAGAGUUUUAAUGAUGUUUGUUGAAGUGUCUGAUGUAGUUUUUGUUACUGGUUUCCACAAUAUUCUGAGUGAGUGAGGUUCACAUAUGGUGGAUUUAUUUUUUCUGUUCUUUUUUUUUUCUUCCCCCUUUUCUAACCAUUAUUUUGUAUGCCACUGAAAAAAUGUAACCUGAUAUUGGGUUAUUUGUCUUUGUCGAGUUGUCUUCCUCAUAUUGUUCCAUAAGCCAGCCAUUUAUCUCUAACAUGGUUUCUUCUCCUACAUGUUAAGUAAUUUAUGACUGUGUUUGUCUCCCCAGUAUAAAUGUUCUUUUAACAAACAGUAUUUACUGUGAAAUUGGUACUUUGACACAUAACAUGUUUUAACACCAUUAUGAUACUUUGUCUUUCGUCUGGUGGUUAUUUUACAUAUUUAGUGUUGUUAAGAUACACAUUGUUUUGCCGACGCCAAAGCAAUUAAAAGUCUUCUUACACUGGG